CGAAAACUCGAGAAUAUCAUGAAUGUGACAUGACGUUCAAUAAGCUCUUCCAGCACAGUUCUGCUGUGAAUGCGCGAGAUAUUACGCCGCAUUUAGCUAGCUGCACGGAGCCCCUGCCUCAUAUUCAGCAGCAAUGGACUCAAACACCCAGGUAUCCCCGCUCGUAAAAGCCUCCUCUACAGGCGACAUCGACGACAGCGAGGCCAUGAGCCUCUUCGGAGGGCCACCGCCCCCGACACCUCCCCCUUUGCCGGUAAAAUCUGUUUCUACAGGCGAAAUCGACGACCACGAGAGCUACGAUCUCUUCGGCGUCGGCCCUAGUAUCCCUAUAGCCACUGCAGUCACGAAGGAACCCGCUCCCAUGGCCAGCACAGCUCCAGUGGAAGAAGGAGGCCCCGGAGAGGUGCCUGUACAGCCUGCAGAGCCGACAUCCCCCGCCAAUUAUGACCUUUUUCCGGCAUUUUCGCCAGCGGACAAGCCGGAUAAAGUUGAGGAGUCAGAUCUCUUUCCAACGUCCAGAGGACUCAGUCACGAUGACAGCAGUAGCACCGCCACGGACUCGAUGGGCGGAGGCGAAUCAUUCCGAGGAGAACUGCCACGCGCCAAUAGCAACGCAUUACAGGUGGCGGCAGCGGAUCAACAGACCACCGAACCGUCGUACAAGAUGGCUGGAAAUGCUGUGGACAUUGUGGCCGUGAAAAACAUGGACGGGAAAUACCUUACGACGUCGUGGCACGUGUCCUUCUCGUGGUCGCGCUUUCGAACGAGCUAUGCUACAGGUGUGGGCGAUAUGGUCAGGAUCUUGGUAAACGGGAGAGAAAUGCCGACCAAAAUGGAGUUGUUCGAGCGUGGUCGCUGUACGUUCAUUACAGGCGGCUUGAUCAUCCCACCUGAAGACUUGUGCUUCGCUGAUCUGACGGAGGAUCGCCCCAAUCUUGUGCGGUUUGAGCACUACCAGAAGUACACAAACACUGUUCGCUAUGUGGAUGCGAAGCUGCAUCUAUGGGGACCGAACGAAUCGGUCGUAGUAGUUGACUUGGAUGGCACGCUUACAAUUAGUGACGUGGAGGGCCAUAUCCGCACCCUACGUCUUGGCCAGUACGAUUUCCUGCAUGCGGGAGCCUGCGACUUCUUCACCAAGUUGCACGAACUGGGGAUGCGAAUCGUGUACCUCACUGCACGUCCACUCGACUGGGCUUCGGCAUCAAGGACGCACUUAGAGAAUGCAGUGCAACAGUCGAUCUCGCUGCCUCCUGGUGUUCUCAUCACGAAUUCUACUGGUCUCACUGGUGCGUUGUUUACUGAGGUUGUCAACAAGACUCCGCACCUUUUCAAGAUCCAAGUGCUGAACGAACUACAGCUUACGCUCAUUCACGCUGGUCGCGUCAUUGAGCAUCCUGUCUUCGUGGCUGGUUUCGGCAAUCGUCCCACCGACAUCGUAGCCUACGAAAAAGUGGGCAUUGACCCCAGUCUUAUCUUCAUGCUGGACCCGUACUCGAACAUUAAGGCUGUGUCCGAUCCGCGCCUCUAUGAAUCGUACAGUGAUCCGAACGCGUUGCUGUGGCUGCUGCCCAGGCUCAAACAUCGCGUGCCCAUAGAAAAAGUCGGCCGUAUCGACGACUACACGGUACGCGAACUCGUUCUGGCUGAAGACCGUGAACAGCUACGCAUGGCAGAGUUGGAAGCUCGUCGGUUGCAACAGGAGGAGUUCGAGCGUGCUCGGCAAGAAGCCGACCAAGUCCGAUACGCUUCCAACAACGCUCUACGCGCCAGCAGCAGGAGCCUCUCCAGGUAAAUUUCGCACCGAUUUUCGUACUAUAUCUCUUGCGUACAGUUAUGGCUAGAGGGUAUCUGCCGUACAUACAUUUGACAAGCAAUAAUGACCACUUCGGUCAGACCACCAAAAAUGGCGCAAUCAAAAUGAACAUUAUACGAAUUUGUUUUAUUG